AAUACAUUGCCUCCAUCGUUAUUCACUGUUCAUCUGAUCUCCUUCUGUAGAACUAUCCGGUUAUCAUCUAAACCCAGUCAUGGCGAAAAGGGUGACUCUCUUUGAACCUCCCCCGCUAGAUUCUUCCAAAGCCCCCAUCGAAAAUGUCUUGGAGUUAACGCCUGUGAUAGAUAUUGGUCCGGAUGUCUUUACCAAUACUCGUCCUCUCUGGCACCCACCUGGCGCGCGGGGCAUCUACGGUGGUGCGGCAAUCGCCCAGUCACUCGCCGCGGCGAUGCGGACGGUUCCGUCGGAUUUCGCCGUCCACAGCAUGCACUGCUAUUUCGUCCUCGCAGGCGAUUCCGAGAUCCCCAUUCUAUACCAUGUCGAGCGAGUGCGCGAUGGUAGGAGCUUCAUCACGCGCACUGUUCAAGCCAGGCAACGCGGUCGACCGAUUUUCACCACCACCUUGAGUUUCAGCAGGGCCAACAGUGGUGGGAAGAAGAAGCUGGAGCAUGCGAAGUCAAUGCCUGUUGUCACGCUGCCAGACGAUUCUUCUGCGGAUGCACAGAGGAAGCUUUAUAACGUUGGAGGCGGGCCAUUCGAGUCGCACAAACUCGGGACUGUGAACCGGGAUUCGUCAAAGCCGGAGGAGAAGCGAAUCCGGCGCUGCAUGCGCGCACGAGGAAACAUCUCCGAGGCCGGCGGCCACCACGCCCAUCUUUCCGCCCUCGCCUAUGUGACCGAUAGUUAUUUUGUCGGAACUGUAUCGCGCGUCCAUGACAUCCCUCGAUUUGCCUCCCCCGCCGAACUCAAGGCAGCCCUAAACGCACUCAAGAACCCAUCCGACUUAGAUGAUGACGAAAUCUCACGAGCGUUUAAGGAGUUGAAGGACGAAGAAGCCGCUGAAUUGCGCCGUCGGUUGGAGGGCGCCCUCAGCAAAGCCGAGGACCCGAAGAACAAACACAACCAUAAAGAGGUCGGCAUGAUGGUCAGUCUUGAUCAUUCGAUUUACUUCCACAAUCCUUGGGCGUUUCGCGCAGACGAGUGGAUGGUCACGGAGAUGGAGAGCCCUUGGGCUGGCGAGGGGAGGGGUUUGGUCCUCCAGAAUAUCUGGUCUAAAGAUGGAACAUUAAUCGCCACCUGCACGCAAGAGGGUGUUGUAAGGUUAAAACAAGAUGAGCCUCCUCGGUCAAAGAUAUAGACCGCUGCACUGUAUUGAACAACACCAAAUACCCUUUCAUCUUGUUGGCGAUAUAUAUUUCUGAACUAGACUUUUCCGUUUGCUUUUUGGUUAUAAUACAUUAUUGCAUAGACAUUCAUCACAUAUAUCCUUUCGGGUGCUUCCUGUCCCCCAGUCUACAUUUGUAUACAUCAUUCUUUGUACAUACGUUUGAGUUGAUCACUUCGGCUUAUCUUUGAGGUGUUGAAAUCGAUCUUCUUGCAUAUAUAUCUUGCAGGUAUAGCAUACAUGGAUUGAAC